CUGCCAAGGUCCAUGCUCGGUUCAUUAACGAGGAGGCGUCAUGUCGUCCUCUUUGUUUACAAAUCUUGGGGUCAGAUACGACCACUAUGCGACCUCGCGGCACACAUGGUGCAGCUGCGGGCAAUUGUCGUUACUCUAUUCACCACGGCAACAUUCUACGACCGUGUCCAGAACGAGCUGAAGCGCAACUUCGCGGCAGAAGACAUUCAUCGCAUGCUGUACAUCAGAGUCAUUGCCCUACACCACAAUCGCAGCGACCCGCUCGAUAAUCGGAUACUAGAGAGUUCAUUCUCAAAGGCGUUCGAGCGACUCAUCAACCUGCGACCUAUCCCAUGCAUCCACACCGGAAUGGAGUUCGAGACCAUUUCUGCACCAGACGGCGUAAUCCUCGACUUCCAAGGUCGUGGGCCCCUAUCAGAGAUCCGCCGCAUCAGUCGCAAACAUGUCAAGGUCUACGUCUGGUUCGCCGGCGCGCCCUCCGCGGUAUUCCGCAUGUACUGUCCCGAGCAGAUGGGCGGAAUUGGGAAUCUGCCUGCGAAGAGUGACUACCUCGCAAAGCAUACUGGCAUGAGCGUCGAGCGCGCGGCGGGUGAGAUAGCACUAGGGAACUCAGCCUGUUUGAUCUGCAUACCAGGUCUACCGGCAAUCUACGACUACGAGGUCCAACCACAACGCCUGAUGGGCCCGAUAGGCCAGGUCGGCGACAUGAUGCUGACAGCCUAUGAGUCAGUAUUUACUGACCGAUGCCGUAGAACAUUGUCCGGAUGUGACGGGAUAAUUCUAGCCGCUCCAGAAUGCUACGAGCGCGAAGCAACUGUGGCCCUUCGGGAGUACUUCGCGUCAACGUCUCGCACUGUGUACGCAUGCGGGCCUCUGGUUUCUCAAGUCUCCAGUGGGGUCGCUGGUGAGAAGCAGCAGCCGAGUAUUGCGCCAGUGGAAGAGUUCUUGUAUGCGACCAUGGCGAGCCAUGGAGAACGCUCACUUGUCUACGUGAGUUCACAGAUAUCCUUUGGCACCAUCUACUGGCCCUUGGAACCGGAGAAGCUAUCUGCCUUCCUCGAUAUUGUUAUAUCUAUGAGGAUACCUUUCGUAAGCUUACAGAUCCUGAACCACGCAUCACCCUAUUUACCUGCAGAAGAGUCAAUAAUCGACAAGGUGACGAAGUACAGAUACGGACUCUUCACCCGUUGGAGUCCUCAGCAACUGAUACUCGGUCAUUCGGUAACUGGCUGGUUUGUGACAAACGGAGGCCACAGCAGCGUUAUUGAAUCCAUUGCCGAGGGUGUUCCUAUGAUAUGUUGGCCGUUUUCCUUCAACCAUUCCCUCAAUGCAGUGCGCGUCAGUGAGGGACUGAAGAUAGGAUACGAGCUGCUCGAGACGCGGAAUGGACCAGGGCUCAAACGUGCCCAUCGUCUAGGGAAAGCGCCGCAGGGAACCCUGGAGGCGUUCAUAGAGGAGGCUCGAGAUACACUGCGCCGAGCCCUGGGAGAAGACGGGGUGCGGAAGCAGCGCAAUGUGCAGCGACUCAGGCGCGAAGUCGCGCAAGCCUGGAGCAGACGCGGCUCUUCCAGGAGAGCAGUGGAGGAGUUGCUCAAUUCGUUCGGAUGUGGAGGUGCUUUCCUGCCUUCCUGGUUGUGCUGA